AUGCUCAUAAUCGGUCUCACCGGCUCCAUAGCCACGGGCAAAUCCACCGUAUCCACAAUCCUCUCAACACCUCCCUACAACCUCCCCAUAAUCGACGCCGAUAUCCUCGCCCGCAAGGUAGUCGAACCAGGCAGCGCAGGCUACAAAGCGAUUGUCAACUACUUCGGCCCCAACACACCAGACCUUCUCCUCGAUGACCCCACAACAAAUACCCCCAAGGGCCAACCGCUCAACCGACCAGCUCUCGGCCGCCGUGUCUUUGGCUCCACAGAAGAACGCAAACGCGACCGCAAUGUCCUAAAUGGAAUCAUCCACCCGGCUGUGCGCUGGGAAGUCUACAAAGCGCUGGUCUACUACUAUCUUCGCGGUCAAUGGGCCGUCGUCCUCGAUGUACCCCUUCUAUUCGAAAGUGGGAUGGAUCUUAUCUGCGGAACUGUGAUUGUUGUUGGUGUACAUGACCCCGCGGUACAGAUGGCGCGUUUACGUGCCCGCGAUGCGCAUCUCACGGCCGAAGAUGCGGAAAACCGUGUGCACAGUCAGGGCGAUGUGCGGUUGAAGGCGGCGCAGGCGGAGUUCCGGGGCACGGCUGCGGCGCGCGGGGUGGUGGUUUGGAACGACGCUGAUAAGGCGGAGCUGGAACGUGCGGUCAAGGGGGCUAUGGCUAGCGUUGCGGCGUCAAGUCCGCGGUGGUGGGCGUGGGCCUUGCUUGUGGCACCGCCGGUUGGUGUUGGUAUUGCGGCUUGGAAUCUGGUGAUCAAUUUUGCGACGCAGAAGGGAUGGGAGAGGAAAAAGAAUGAAGAGAAGGCUAAGUUAUAG